GGUAUUUACGUAGUGAGCGCUUGCGGCUUUGACUGUGUCCCUAGCGAUUUAGGAAUAAUUUUCACGCAACAGAAAUUUGGAGGAGAAGUCAAUGAUGUUGAAGUAUACAUGUCGACGUGGUCAACCGCCACUGAUAACAAACGUCCGUAUCUGAAUUAUGGAACUUGGGAGUCUGCGAUAUAUAGUCUGGCUCAUGCAUACGAACUACGAGAAUUGCACGAAAAAUUAUAUCCUACCAAAUUGCCCGAAUUUACGCCGAAAUUAAAAUCAAGAGGUUUAGUGCACCGAAGUGAUGUUUCUGAAGGAUGGUCUGUAUGGUUUCCGAGUACCGAUCGUUCACUAGCUCUUCGCACACAGCGAUUCUUGUAUGACAAGUACAAAGAGAGGCCAGCGCAAAUUCGAGUUUAUGCCACGUUUAAGUCUUUCUUGGUGUUCCUGACGCUCUCUAUUUUCGGUUUGAUUGUAUUAUUCAUGACUCGUAUAGCAUGCGGUCGUAAUUUACUUCUAAAAUAUCCCUCUCUAUUUUCGUUCGGUUUUAUCAGUCACGAGAAUCCGGAUCCGAAAGUAUGGGAAUCGAUACACUUUUCUGUGAUAUGCAAAGCCCGUGGAUGGACUGAAAAGUUGACUGAAUCUACCGAUAAACACACAAAUUCACCUAAUAAAGAAGUAAUUACUAAAGUCACCGGUGAUUCUCCCGCAUAUGAAGGGACUAGCAUCAUAGCGAUCCUAUCGGCGAUUACAAUUCUUAAUGAAAGUGACAAAAUACCUGACAACGGAGGAGUGCUCACUCCCGGUGCUGCAUUGGGUAAAACAUCUCUGAUCGAGCAAAUGAAUAAACAUAAUAUUAAAUUCGAGGUAAUAUCAUCUACCGUGAAAUAGAGAUAAGUAGUAUAUGAGUUUUACAAUCCUGACAAGAUUUUUUUUAAUACACUAUAUUAUUUCGUUUGACUUUGAUACUAAUAUUUGUAUGGUUUUUGGGUAAAGUUUAUGCCCUUUAUAUUAUAUUAUAUAACACGCUCACACAGACCGCGCGCGCGCGCGUGUUUUUCAACUCUGUAUUAUAUACGUCCUAUUUCACGAUAUUUCAAGAGAAAAUUAUUAAUAAGCGCGUGUACUGUGUAUUUUAUAAUAUUAAGGUAAUCGAAAAUUA